AUGUCUAUUGUGAUGGAGGAUGCUGAUCCAGCUAUAGGAAUGCAGCGGGAGUGCUUGUUUCAGAUGCUGAAAGGCAGGGAUAUUAAAAUUGAUUCCUAUAUGUUAUCAUUCCAUGGUCGUCUGCUCAUCAUCGAGGGUGCAGAAACCUCCAUCAACUAUGGACAGCACUAUGGUCUAUUGGGUGAGAAUGAGUCUGGAAAGAUUGACAUCUACCUCCUCCGUGGUGAGACAGAACCGUCCGAUGUCAACGCUGUUGACUUCAUCGUGGCCUCCGCUCGCGAAAAGGUCGCUAAACUCGAAAAGCGCAUUGAAGAUCUCAGCAUCGCAGAUGAUGUUGAUGACGCCGCCCUGGAGGCAUCUUGGCUUCAGACAGGCUUCCAUCCUACAAAAGAUAGGAGUGGUGGUUGGCGUAUGCACCCGACGAACCAUUUGGAUCUCGGUGCUGUCGUUUGGCUUGAAGAAUAUUUAUCAACAUACAACGACGUUCUCGUUAUCACCUCGCAUCUGCAAGGUUUCAUCAUCUCAGUCUGUGCUAACGUCAUGGAUUUGACGACAAAGAACAAGCUCGUCUACUAUGCUGGUAACCACACUACCUGUGUGCGCACUAAGCAGAAGAACGAGGUGAAUCCGACCGUCAGGAGGAAGAAACAACCCACAUCAAAAGCCAAGUCGAAACAAAACAUCACCAACAAGAUGGAGGUGGUGGGACUCGUCGAAAAAGUUGAGAUGCCUCGACCGCUGCGCUUCCACUUCGAGGGUAUUCGCAAACUCCCUCCUAUCAUUGCAUUCGACGAAGUCGCCUUCUCAUACUCAGGCAAUCCUGAAGAUUACUUGUACAAAUAA